CGGUCAGUUGGAUCAAUCGAAAGUGCAAAUCUGUCGGUGACGGAGAAGAUGAUCGUUUGCAUCGCCGUUGUUGGCCAUCAGAAUAAUCCGUUGUACAUACAGAGCUUCACUGAAGCAGAUGAUGCGCUCAAGCUUCAUCAUAUAGUUCAUUGCUCUCUUGAUGUUGUUGACGAAAGAGUGAACAACCCAAAAAAAUCUGGACCAAUGCUAAAUGAGACAUUUCUUGGCCUUCUAUAUCCAACUGAAAAUUACAAAGUGUAUGGGUAUCUAACUAACACAAAGGUAAAGUUUAUAUUAGUCACAACAGACCUUGACGUCCGUGAUGCAGAAGUAAGAAAUUUUUUCAGGAGGUUCCACUCUGCGUACUUAGACGCUGUAUCGAACCCAUUUCAUGUUCCGGGUAAAAAAAUCACUUCCAAGACGUUUGCUGAACGGGUCAGUACUAUCGUUAAGUCAUUUAGCUUCCAUACAACUGGAUGAUCCAACAUUCAUUCGAAUUUUCAAUUUUUCGUUACACAAUUUAGGUCAUAUUUUCAUCAAGACCUUCUGUUUUGAUUUUUUGCAUGUUUUUCUGUUCAUUAUUGAAUCUGAUUCCAGCUCUUAACUGCUCUAUGAAAAAUUUAUGGUGUCUGUUUCAUCAUA